AUUGCAGAUUAAUAAAUUAAAGCCAUUGCUCACUUAAGAAGAUGAAUCAAAUGCCGGACUGCCUGCAUCGUCGCAAAAAAGCUCUAGACAGACUCAUUAGAGAAUUAAGUGGAACUCCUUGCGGCUCGAAUGUCCAGUGUCGCAACGAAUGUGGCGAUAAAGUCGCCGCGCGACUGAUGCGCGACUUCUGGAAUAUUCUGAAGGAAGAUCCGUCAUGUAAUUUGGCUCACGAAGUCCAAAAUCGGCUUUGCGCACGACCCUCGUCUCGCUCCUGCGAUAGUUGCUCGCAUCGGCAACACAUAGCUUGUUAUAUGGCGGGUCGUAAACGUGACGACGGUGACGAUCAGAGAAGGGACGCUCUGAACAAAGUUAAAACUUUUUGUAAGAAUAAUCCUGACCCGAAAUCAACGCCGAGAUGCUGUACAUCGCAAUCUCCGGCGCUGAGCGACAAGGACAUUAUACCGCUCACCAAAAUCCUUUGUAAUCUCAAGGAGGCGGCCUCAUUCGACAAGCAAUGCGAUGCGAAAAUAACAGCUCUUAUGGCUGCCCAAAAAGAGCUUCGAGAUCAGAUACAGAAUCUGGAGAAGAGGGAAAAUGCAGGGAUCCAAUUGCUGAAACAGGCGGACUGCAUGUGGACGUGCAUGGAAGACGCUUACAAAAAGAAAGUAGAGGAUUCGCUGGAGAGGCAGAAGACUUUGUUGGAAGAGUUAAAAGAAGUUGAGACCAGUGCAACGAAAUGGCGUAAAAACAAAAAAGAUUUAGAAUCCCAAUUGAAAAACAUUGAAAAAUGCGAAAAAGAAAUUAAGGAGAAGAUAAAUCUAAAAACGAACGAUUUGAAAUGCGUCAACAAUGAAAUUGACGAUUUCCAAAAGAGAAUCGAUAAGAACAAAAAGGAAAUUGAUGCGGCGACAAAAUCUUUGACAACGAAGAAACAAGCUUCUGACUUAAAAGUGGCUAAUUUAGCAUCAGACAUAGCGAAAAAACAAACUGUUAUAUCGGACGAAACAAAGAAUAAAGAAAAAAAAGAGAGAGAUGGUAUCAAUUUCGUGAAAGACGCACGAGAAGACCUGCAGAAGCUCUGCAGGGUUUUGCUACAGAAAAGGAUCGAAAACGAAGAUUUGAGGGCAGAGAGAGAUGCACUCAACCUCGAAAUUGAUUUACUAAACAAAUCUCAUGACGCAUGUCAAGAUAAAUGCGCUCAGAAGCAACAAUCGAUUUUAGAGGAAAUCAAAUUAACUGACCAGGAAAUCGCAAAAUACAAAACGAAAUGUGUUAAAUGCCAUCAGUGUACCGAUACUAUUGACGUCAGGAAGUAUUGCACCGACUGCCCUAGAUGCUCUGUUGAAAGGGAUUGUCUAUACGAAGACGAUAAAUGUAGGCCAGACGAUACGUUGGAUUGUGUCUGUAUGAGCGUCAAAGAGAAACUUCUAGAUAACAUAUUUGACAAUAUGUAUACCGUGCUAGAGAGGCAAGCGAAGACCGAAAAAGGAAAAGCUGUAGGUGGUGCGAUAUUGAAGUGUUUGAAAAAAAGUAGAAACGGAAAAUUGGAUGCGGCCACAAGGAAGUUGCUACAAGAUUUCGUUUUGACUACAGUUAAACAACAUUUGAACCUAACCAUUGUCGGCGGUGCUGUGAAAACUAGAUGUGAAAUGGACCCUGAAACACAUAAACAGUUGAUGCUUUGCUUGAAACAAGUUACAGUCGUUGGACCUCCUAAAGAGGAUAAAGGGACUGCUUCCAAAAAGGAGUCGUGCCGUCGCUGGGGCGGUGAAUGCAAUUGUCCGAAAGGUGGCAAAGGCUGUGUGUGUGAUAAAAUUGCUCCGCCUCUACCACCAGAAGAGCCUUCAAUUCCAGAAGGAGUAGAUAAUGCAGAAACAUGUAAAGUUUCAUUUUGUCCUCGCAAAACGUCGACCUCGUGCGGUCCCGACGUCGCCAUGCAAGCCGUACCUAGUAGAGUCGGAGCCGAGGUGGCUGCCCUAAAGCCGAACGCUUGUAAAGACUCUACUUGUGCCUAUCCGAAGAACAUGAGGGCGGCUCAGUGCGUGCUGGGGCCGGAGAUACUAAAUUCGCCAACCAAAGGCAGCAGAUUAUCAGUGCCUUUUCGACCAGAGAUUCCUGUUUUGGACGAAAAGUUCUGCGAUUGCAGUAUAUCUUCAGUCAAAUCUUGUGCCUGCAGAGAUUUAGAGAAUAGUCCACGCGAUCGUAUUAUUGAAGAAGUAAUGGGAAGGUACAUUGAGGUCCAGCCUAUAGAUAAAGUAGCCAAUGUGGGUGAGAUACAAUUUGGAGAGAUCGCGAAAGCCUCUGGUAGCUCGACGGGUUAUAUCAUUUCAAGACCGCUUUCAUCAAUGAGCAAUGAAUUCGUACCUCAAAGAGAAUUUGUACAAAACGAAAAUGUUCAACGUUAUACAACUGCAGCAGUCGAUGCUAAUAACAAAGACCAUAAUGUAGUUAAGCCAUUCCUAAAAGGCGAUUUUUAUGCAACGCCAACAAAUGAAUAUGGAAAUAAAGUAACUACGGGAAUUGCUGUACUAUUGAAUAAAGAUAAUUCAGUAAAUCGAGCUGUGCACAGAAAUACGUUGAACGAAAAAACUGAUACAACAAAUUUGACUUCUAAGGACAAAAAUGGAGAUAUCGGUGGAAAAACGGACGACAAUAUCAAGUCUUUGAUAAAUAAUAUAAUAGUUCCUGAUGGAGAAAUAUUAGAUAAUGCAAAUUUUAUGUCUCAAGUAGAGUUUGUAACCGUUGACUCUUUUGUAAGGAGAAUCGAGAUAUUGACAAAAUAUGGUCGAGACGAUUUGAGUGAUGUUACCAGAGAUGAAAUAGAAGUUGAAACACAGCUACUACAAGAACCGGAUUUGAAAUCUAAAUGAAAUUAAGUAUUUAUUAUUAAUUAUACACUGAUAUCGGAUUCAACUAAUAAGUGUAUCUCAAUAUAGUUGUCCUCAAUAGCUUUGUACUCCCACGUAAA